AUGCAAAAUGUUGACUUUUGUUGCAAUUCGAAUGAUGAUGCAUCAUCAAAUUCUGACACAUCAUUAUGCUCUCCUAAAACUUUUCAAAAUUUGGAAAAUGAGAUGUUGGAAGUAUCAAAUGAUAAUGCAACAAGUACUGUUACAUGUGAAACAAUUUCAAUUGAGCAAACAUCAUUGGAUGAAACAAAAACAAAAGUUUAUUCAUCAAAUAUUGCGCCGACAUUACUUACAGACAGCACUCGUCGACGUCAAAUGUCAACUUUUGAAAAAAUGAUGGCAUUAACUUGUCAAAAAUGUGGACAAAAGUAUGUGGACACAUAA